AUGACGAGGACGACACCCACCCAUGUGGACUACUACCAGAUCCUCGGUAUCCCCUUCAAAACCUCGUCGGCCGCCCUGUCGAAGCAGCAGAUCAAACUCGCAUACCACAAGGCCCUUCUCAAGCACCACCCCGACAAGGCAGGUGCCAUCGCACAGGAUGCCGGAAUAAACGGACAAGUUUCCCGCGAUCGGGUCUUCUCUCGGUCGGACGAUAAAGCCGUGAACCCGCAGGCAUAUACCAUUGACGAGAUCACGACCGCAUACAAAACGCUAUUUGACCCCUCGCUGCGCGCAGAAUAUGACCGUACCCUGAGACUGGACCGUCUGAAGGUUGCGGAGCGAGAAAAGACGGGUGACGUGUUUCAUACUGGGCUAGAGAUUGUGGACCUGGAGGAUCUUGCGUGCGAGGAGGAUGGCGAGUCCGGGGCCUGCUGGUACCGUGGCUGUCGGUGUGGCGAUGAGAGAGGGUUUCUGGUGACGGAGGAUGAUCUGGAGAGGGAGGUGGAUCAUGGCGAGAUUGUUGUUGGAUGCCGUGGGUGCAGUCUUUGGCUGAAGGUGCUCUUUGCUGUUGAGGACGAUGGCUGA